AGGGAUAAACGUAUAAACAUUGUACAGCAUACCUUUUGGGCUAUGCUCCGUUAUGAUGAUUUUGGUGUCAAAGAGCUACAUCAUAUUUAUGAGCUUGCAUCUUGGGCGUCAAUCGGAGAAGAGAAGAAAGCAGGAAAAAUCAAGUCCUUUGGAUAGGCAUGAAUCGAUGGGGGUAGAUCGAAGGAGUGAAAUUUCGUAUCAAGUUGUUGAGCCCCCUUACUUUGCUUGCUUCAACUAUUUUCCUAGUCGUAGCCACGACACGAUCAAAGUUAGAUAUCGCUGGUCCUAUGUUGUUUUUUCCACAGAAGUAUACCAAGAGCGGUAUGUCGGUGCCGCGUAUCGCAUUAUUAUCAGCCCAGGUGGGGGGAAAGGGGUAAAGAGUCAGCAAGUUGAUCCGGCAGUUAGAAAUAUCGAGGGCAGAUCAUUAUUACGGGUUCAAACGUAUUGCGGGAGACGAAAGAAAGAGGGUAUUGCAAGCCGUUCACUGAUAAGGAUGACGUGUACGAAAAGAACAAUGCGAAGUUUACAUACGAAAACGAUGCUGAAUAUCGCAAAUAAAGAGAUUGAUGGCUUUUGAUCCAGACGACAUCAGCGUAGAGACAGAGAAGGUUAUUUGAGAGGGGGGGGUGCGUAAAUCGGACUGCAAUUGCAGAGAUGCGAAGUGCUUAGAGAUGGG